GCAUUUGCAAUUCGUACAACAAAAAUGAAAAAUUUCCCAAUAAUUAUGACAGAACGAUUCAUGCCUGGUGCUUGCUUUUUUUUUUUUUUUUUCCAGGUAAUGUGACGUGUCUGCCCUUCGCAAAGGCCGAAGGGCAACAAACGAGGACGGACCGUUUUUGCCCCCUUCGCCGGAGCUUUAUAACUUGUCUAUUCUCCGAGGUUUUAGACCUCGACGGCGGUUUCUGCAAAACCACUCUCGCCUAUCGCUUCAUCUCACUCAGUUGAAUUUACACUUGUUUACACUUGCGUAAAAGCUUAUACCAUAGUUCUAUAGCUAGGCAAUUUUCUCGUUUUUUGCUUCUCUAUACUCUUCGAUGAGAAUUCUUAAUGUUUCAACCCAAAAUAACUUCCCAAUUCUAUCUGGAAUCCCAAUUUUCUACCAUAUCAAAGAUUUGAAUGGAAAACUUUCUCCUAAGCACAUAGUAACCAGCUCUAGAUUUCACAGAAAUGCAUUUCCAAUCUAUGUAUCUAUUUCCAACCGCAGAAAUUUCCGAACUUGGGUGCACUUCGGCCGACCCACCAAACGCCGCAACUCGCUGAGGAACAAACUCCUUAAGGACCAUCAGGUGCGUCUAAAUGAGGAUCUCACUGACCCAAAUUCUGAUAUUCAGUACCCGCCCUCUAGAUUUAGUGACGUAGGCAGUUUAGAAGAGAACUCGAAUAAUAAUGGAAUGGAAGAAAAAGCUGCUGCUAAGGGAGUGUCUGAUCAAAAUAGGGUUGCAAACGUUAGGGUAGAAAAAGCAAAAUCGAAACUUUUGGGUGAAUCUGUUUUGAUGGAUAAAUUGGAGAAGUGGGCAGACCAGUACAAGAAGGAUGUUGAGAAUUGGGGCUUAGGGUCUUAUCCAAUAUUUACAGUUUAUCAGGAUUUUUCAGGGAACGUUAAACACGUCUCGGUUGAUGAAGGAGAAAUAUUAAGGAGGAGCCAAGUUCAGCCAGAAGAAAUUGAGGACUUUCCAGAAGUAAAUUACAAAAUAUUGUCUGCCAAAAGACUGGCUAGGGAGAUGGAGAAUGGUAAUAAUGUCAUUCCAAAAAAUAGUUCUGUAGCUAAGUUUGUGGUUCAAGGCAAGGAGACUGGUUUUGUCAACACCAUUCAAGGUUUUGCCAGUCAACCGGACUUGCUUCCCAAGCUUUCAGGAGUUGGUAGCCGAGUGUUGUGGGUUUUUGUUUUCAUGUGGGCGGUGAAAGAACUGUUUACUUUUAACAAGGAAACUCAAUACACAGAAAUGGAGAAAGAAAUGAUGAGGAGAAAAAUUAAGUCACGAAAGGAUAAAGAGAUGUUGAAGGGCACUAUGGAUGUUAUUUCAGAAGCUUCAGAACCACCAAUGUUACACGUUGAAAUGCCCAAGUUAGAUAAGGAAAAACUCAAGAAUAAUAUCAUGAAAGCGAAAGCUUCUGCUGAUGAAGUUUUAGUUGGGAAUUCAUCCUUUAAAGCAACAGCCACCUCUACAGAUAUGACCACUAAAGUUCAAGAAAUCAGAGAUAUGGCCAGGCAGGCUCGGCAAAUUGAAGGAAAAAUUCAUUCCUUAGGUGGCAGGGGUAGGGAAAUGGAUGACUUCAUUAUUGGAGAAACUUCUGUGGAAGGCGUGCACAAACUCAGUGAAGAGGGUACAAGUUCAAGUAAGCAUCAAAACGAUGUUGUAAGGAAAACAGUUGAUAUAGAUGGAACUCUACGAACACCAUGCAUGGAUGUUAUGGAAAAUAUAUAUAAUUCAUUACCACACAAGGUAGUUCUUGAAGAUGGAUGCAAGCUGGAAGCUUCAAAUGUAAUGGAUUCAAAUGAUAAAAAAUGCAAUAAACAGGAAACAGAAUUCUCUCAAAGUACCGUGCAGCCAAAGGAUGAGGAAGUCAACCAGCUCCCAGAUACAACCGUUGAUGAUUCAUGCAUGACUAAAGAAAGUUUUACAAACAAUAAACCACUGGUCAUAAGAUCAGUGAAGGAAGCUAGAGCUUACCUUUCAAAGAAACAUGACAAGCAAGAUGUUGGAUCAGAAUCCAGAGUGCAAAUCAUGCGUGAUAAUAUGGACGAUUUGAGAUCUGCAACUGAUAUUGAUUCUAGGAGUCAAGAAAGCCAACUAUUGGAGAUGAACACUGCAGUGGCCAGAAAUAGUGCUUUAGUUGGGAUAUCAGACUUAAAGCCUGCCGGAAAUGCUGGUGAAGAUUCUAAUCAGAAGGAUAAGGAGUCUGAUAUAUUGAAGAAUGAUCACAUCAAAGAUUCUGAGGUUAAACAUGAAGUGGGAGAUCCACAGAAUUCUGAGACCUCUUUAGACCAUGAAGUUAAUGGUGUCAACACAGAGACAAAUCUGUCAGAAAAGACAGAAAAUUGGUUGGAGGAGAACUUUGAUGAAGUUGAGACCAUAAUUAAGAAAAUCAGAGCUGGAUUUAGAGAUAACUAUGUGGCUGCGAAAGAGAGGGUUGAUCAACCUUUAGACAUUACCGAGAUGGAACCGCUUGAAGAUGAUGGAGAAUUUGAUUGGAUGCAAAAUGAGCAUCUUAGAGACAUUGUCUUUAAAGUCCGUGAUAAUGAACUGGCUGGGCGUGAUCCAUUUUAUUUGAUAGAUGAUAAAGACAAAGAAGCAUUUUUCAGAGGUCUUGAGAAAAAAGUGGACAAAGAAAAUAGGCAGCUUUCUUAUCUCCACGAAUGGCUUCAUUCAAACAUUGAAAAUCUUGAUUAUGGAGCAGAUGGAAUUAGUUUGUAUGAUCCACCAGAGAAAAUCAUACCACGCUGGAAAGGGCCCCCAGUGGAGAAAAUUCCUGACUUCCUCAAUGACUUUCUUGAACAAAGAAAGAAAAAUUCCACCAGCAAGAUGGAGCCUGUGAAGAAUGAAGAAAAUGGAUUUACUAAAAAAUCAGUUGCUGCAUCUUCUGAUGAAAACGUUAAAGACUGUGUAGCAACCAGGGAUUCAAUGAAAAUUUACGCUAAGAACAAGAAAAAUCCAAAGACUGUUGUUGAAGGAAGUGAUGGUUCUGUUAAAGCUGGCAAAAAAUCAGGGAAGGAAUAUUGGCAGCAUACUAAGAAAUGGUCCCAAGGGUUUUUGGAGUCUUACAAUGCCGAGGCAGAUCCAGAAGUUAAAUCAGUGAUGAAGGACAUUGGGAAGGACUUGGAUCGAUGGAUUACUGAAAAAGAAAUAGAGGAGGCUGCUGAACUGAUGAACAGGAUUCCUGAUAAGAAUAGGAGUAUUUUAGAUAAGAAACUCAACAAAGUUAAGAGAGAGAUGGAAUUGUUUGGACCACAAGCUGUGGUGAGCAAAUAUCGUGAAUAUGCAGACGAGAGAGAAGAAGAUUACCUAUGGUGGCUCGAUCUUCCUUAUGUACUGUGCAUUGAAUUGUAUACAAUCGAUGAUGGAGAACAGAGAGUAGGUUUUUAUUCAUUAGAGAUGGCUAAAGAUCUUGAAGUUGAACCUAGGCCGCAUCAUGUGAUUGCUUUCCAAGAUGCUGGUGACUGUAAAAGUCUUUGUUACAUCAUUCAGGCUCAUAUGGAUAUGCUUGGAAAUGGCCAGGCCUUCGUUGUUGCCCAAUCUCCAAAGGAUGCUUUCCGAGAGGCCAAAGCAAAUGGGUUUGGUGUUACUGUCAUCAAGAAAGGGGAACUCAAGCUCAAUAUAGAUGAACCUCUUGAAGAAGUGGAGGAAGAAAUUACUGAAAUUGGCAGCAAAAUGUACCAUGACAUGAUCAUGAAGGAGCAGUCUGUGGAUAUAAACUCAUUAAUGAAAGGCGUAUUUGGUUUCAGUGACCGCUCCAUUAAGAGGUUGAAGAGAAAGACGAAGAAACCCAGAAAGUGAUGAUGACUCUUGCACUCGGCUGAGAUUGACAUUGUCGCCCUUUGAAGACAAAUGCGGGUCUCCACAGCCAGAGUUCUACCGAGGAAAGAUUCGUACUCGAAUGGAAUUUGAUGAACACAGCAAAGGACAAAACUUUGGUUCCAUUUUGAGAUGUUUACUGCUGGGUUCUCCAAUAAAAAUAUGACAAGUGGACAUUUUUUAGCAAUUUAGCACUAAUGCUUGAGCCAUUUAAACAAGUUUUUCCACGUUAUAUUUUUCUCAGAGAGCCUAAUGCAAUGCCUAAAGAGCAUCAAGGAAAUUUACCUAUAGUCUGUCCCAUUUAAAUAGGGCUGGGCCUGUUGGUCUUCCACCAGAUUGUGUUAGACCCUGGCGGAGCUGUAAAACAUAGGUCAUCAGUUGUUUAGUGGCUGAGAAGAAGGAAGCCAUUGCCAUGGUAGGAACCUUCAAGCUUUCCUGUACUUAUUAUGCAUCUAAAUUUUUGCCUCGAGAAUUGUCUGCACUGUUUUUAGUUGAGAAAAUUAUGGCUAAUCAGCUCUUGUAUCAGUCCUGUAUAGGCAUUGCUGUUAGUUAUAGAUGGAGAGGUCCUUUUUGUUAUUGUACAGAGGAUUAUGCUUGUGUUAUGAACUUAUCAUGGAUCCACAGAUACUUAUAUUCAUAUGAAAGGGGGAAAAUCAACCUUUUAACAA